UCCAGAUGAGUGAGAAGACUCAUGCUCUGGUUCUCAGACUUCCCCAGCAGCAUGGCCCCCAAACGCCAGUCUCCGCUCCCGCCUCAAAAGAAGAAACCAAGACCACCUCCUGCUCUGGAACUGGAGGAGACAUCAGCCUCUGCAGGCUUGCUGAAGAAGGGAGAAAAAGGACAGCAAGAAGCAACUGAACACAUUGAUGAAGUACAAAAUGAAAUAGACAGACUUAAUGAAGAAGCCAAUGAGAUUUUGAAAGCAGAACAGAACUAUAACAAACUCCACCAACCAUUUUUUCAAAAGAGGUCAGAAUUGAUUGCCAAAAUCCCAAAUUUUGGAGUAACAACAUUUGUCAACCAUCCACAAGUGUCUGCCCUGCUUGUGGAGGAGGACGAAGAGGCACUGCAUUAUUUGACCAGAGUUAAAGUGACAGAAUUUGAAGAUAUUAAAUCAGGUUACAGAAUAGAUUUUUAUUUUGGUGAACAUCCUUACUUUGAAAAUAAAAUUCUCUCCAAAGAAUUUCCUCUGAAUGAGAGUGGUGAUCCAUCUUCAAAGUCCACCAAAAUCAAAUGUAAAUCUGGAAAGGAAUUGAUGAAACAUUCAAGUCAAACGCGGAAUAAAGCCAGCAGGAAGAGGCAGCAUGAGGAAACAGAGAGCUUCCUUACCUGGUUUACUGACCAUUCUGAUGCAGGUGCUGAUGAGUUAGAAGAGGUCAUCAAAGAUGAUAUUUGGCCAAACCCAUUACAACACUACUUGGUUCCUGAUACGGAUGAUGAAGAAGGAGAAGGAGAAGAUGAUGAUGAAGAGGAGGAAGGAUUAGAAGCUACUGAUGAAUAAGAGGAUAAGGAUGAAGGUGAAGAAGAUGAAGAUGAUGAUGAAGGGGAGGAAGGAGCGGAGGAUGAAGAAGAAGAUGACUAACAGAACACUGAUGGAGUCCAACCUUCCUUUUUAAAAAAUUUCUCCUGUCCCUGGGAGCAAGUUGCAGUCUUUUUUUUUUUUCUUCCCUCGUGUGCUCAGUCACCCUGUUUUUGAGGUCUCUUUUCUCUACACCACGGUUCUUAACUUAUUUUGGGGGAAAUAUCUUGAGCAGAAUACAAUGGGAAAAGAGUCUCUACCCCUUUCUGUUUGAAAUUCAUUUUUAUCCCUUCCUGUCUAAACAAAAACUGUAUGGAAUCACCACCACCGAGCUCUUUGGGAAAAAAGAAAAACCUGCUCCCUUCGCUCUGCUGGAAGCUGGAGGGUGCUAGGCCCCUGUGUAGUAAUGCAUAGAAUGCUAGCUUUUUUCCUCCUUUCUCUGUAUACUGGGCUCAGAGAGUACACUGUGUCUCUGUGAAUAUGGACAGUUAGCAUUCACCAACAAGUAUCUGUCCACUUUCUCUUGUUUAAAAAAAGAAAAAAAAAAACUUUAAAAAAUGGGGUUACAGGAGGUCAGCAAAGGCGGGGGGUUGAGAUGUUUGAGUGGGUUAAGUGGGCAUUUUGACAAUGUGGCUUCUCCUUUGGCAUGUUUAAUUGUGAUAUUUGACAGACAUCCUUGCAGCUUAAGAUGACACUUUUAAAAUAAAUUCUCUCCUAAUGAUGACUUGAGCCCUGCCACUCAAUGGGAGAAUCAGCGGAAUCUGUAGGAUUUUAUUUGGAAUUGACAUUCUCUAUUGUAAUUUUGUUCCUGUUUUUAAAUUUUCUUUUUGUUUCACUGGAAAGGAAAGAUGAUGCUCAGAUUCAAACGUUAAAAGUGUACAAGUUGCUUUGUUACAAUAAAACUAAAUGUGUACACAAAGGAUUUGAUGCUUUUCUCUCAGCAUAUGUAUGCUUGCUAUGACCUUCCAAGUUUGACUUGUAUAACAUCACUGUCAAACUUUGUCACCCUAACUUUGUAUUUUUUGAUACACACUUUGCAGGAUGACUUCAGAGCUAUGUGGAUUAAGUAACGGGAUCUGAAUCAAUGUAUUAAUAUCUCCAUAGCUGGGAAACAUGGGUACAAUUUGCCAUUGGUUUCUGAAAGUAUUCACAUCAUUUGGGAUGCCAGAUUGCUCAAUACUUUCUGAGUACAUUAUGCCCUUGAUUUUUUAUCUCCAAUUGGCAGUUUUUAAAAUUGGCCUUUUACCUGGAUAUAAAAUAAUAGUGUCUGCCACCACCAUCCAACAGACCUGGUGCUCUAAUGCCAAGUUAUACAUGGGACAGUUGCUGGCAUGUCUUCAUUGGCU